AUGAGCUGGAACCCCGCUAUGAGCGCUCAGGUAAUUGCCCCAGGGAGUGGCCACUUGAUCAUAGGAGACAGUUUGUUGAGGGAUCUGAAUGAGAUCUUCGUCUAUGGUCAGACUACCACUCUGUUCUUUGGAGGAGCCUCAGUGGCUCAGGUCAUCAAGAUGAUGGAGUUCCAGAACGAAGAUCACCUGGAUAUAUUGGUAAUAAUGCUGGGAAACAACGACGUCUCGAGAGCCCCAGUGACUCCGGAGAGCAAGUGGGAGCCUCUAAUGGUAUGCCUCUUAAACGAACUGAAGGAGAAUUACAGGCCCAGGCUUGUAGUGUUGUGCACGAUACCACAAAACCCGCUGGUGGGCACCACAGUACCAGAAUUCAUGAAUGGCAACGUGACACGGAGGAACGAUCCGCCUGCCAUGGCAAACCCAGCUUCAGCAGCCGGACCGUCUACGAGCGCCGUGCCAGUGGAGGGAGUUGAACCAGGCAUCGUGCUGCUUUGGAACCGAUCAGACCCUAGUCAUUGGAGACAGUACGAGGCGGACAUGUCAACGAAGUUGAACAUGAAUACUUUGACGUGUCGGGAGGACGCAAUGAAAAUGAUUGGCGGAGAAAGAGGUAUGUCGAAAAUGUAUGGUAAGGUAGUGGUAUUGAAGAGAGAUGGUCAGGAUGGAGCCAGUUUCCCUAUGCACACCAAAUCUAUCACAAUCGGAAGGAUGCCAGAAUGCGACAUCAGAGUGCAGUUGCCGACUGUGUCCAGACGCCACUGUAGACUGAGUGUGAAUUCCAACCAGCAGGUGCUCCUCACCAACCUCAGCAGUGUCAACCCAGUACAACUCAACGGAAAAACGAUCAAGCAAGAGGCACCAGUGUACCACGCGGACAUUGUUCAAGUGGAUGACAGAUUCUUCAGGUUUGAGUACCCGCCCAACAGUGUGUUCAUGCAUAUUCCGAAGAGCGCAGAUCUGAAGGAUUUCGCAAGGAAAAUGAUUAAUGUAUUGAAUAAUCAAGAAGAAGAAGAAGAAGAUCCAAUUGAAGAAAACGUUUUGAAAACCGUAAAGAAACCUAGAAAGUCGAUGGCAUCAUUCAGCUACAAUUCACCAGAAAAAUUUGCACCUAUGAACUCCGGAAAACGAAUCUCAUUCGCCGCGAAGGCUAUAAGUCCAGAAAUUAUUGACAAGAAUCUCCCCGCCUCGCAACCUGUGAAACGUGGAUCGAUCCCUGCCUCUCCCGUUCCCAGUAAAGUGAGAAAGAGUCUUUUGAGAACUCCCGGAGCUUACGAACCCCUGAAGGAACUGAAUGAGUCAAAAGAAGGAAGAUCGAGCUCAGUAGGAGCGAAUUAUGGUUCUGGUAAAACGAAUUCAGAAACCGGAGGAAAAUCAAAAUCUGUCAGCCCAUCUAACAAAUCUGCUAGAAGGCCACUAAUAAAGGACGAGAACAUAAAUACUUUGAACGCGUCUGGAAUUGAAAAUACUUUAACACAAAGGAAAAUAAUCAAACCGCACCGAAGAUCACGAGUCUCGAUUCGUACUGAUAGUCCCGAUUCAUCUCUGGAUUCGAUAACAGUUUUUUUGACACCGGAUGGAAGAACGCCAGCUUCAAGCAAGUUAGUCCAGGCCUCGACAAAAUCUAAAUUGCGAACUCCGUUUGUGUCGGCCAUGAAAGGGGCAAUAGAAACUUCUCCAAAGGACACAAAAGUGCCAUCUCCGAGAUCACAGAGAGCUUCACCAUGGAACAAGAGAUCGGCACUGGAUCAAAAUGUGGGAUCUUUGGCUAAAACACAAAUGCCGGUGAGUCCAAUGACGAAGAAAACGUUGUUGGCCAGAAGCUCGAUUGCCCCCACUCCUAGGACUACAAACAUGCGCGUGGAACUUUUGAAGAAAACUCUGAACAAACCUGCAAUGGUUGAACCUAAGGGUUUAAUUCAUGUUGCACCUAAAUCGGCAAAGAUCGCAGGCAGAAAGAGUAGCCUUGUGGACAAAAAAGAGAUAGUUGCCAAGAAAUCAGGAAACGCGUCGUGGGCAGAUGUUGCAAAGAAAAGAUUGACGCCGAAAAGAGUGGUUUCGAAGAUGAUCAAAGGCAAACGGACGUUCAAAUUGAGAGCGAAGCCAGUUAAGAGAAACGUUGUUCAUCAGGACAUGACUCCUGAUCUCGUGACCCUGAAGCCAACCGCGGUCGUCAAACCGAUGAUAUCAUCGGACGAAAAGAAAAAGACACCCGUAAAGGGUCAGCAAAUCCCGAAAGUCCGUUCUCCAGGAAUACAGAAACUUACGAAGACAACACUUGUAAUGCAAAAAGCAGUUCUCGACAGCAGAAAGGAACUGAUAGUGCGAAGUUUGACCUCAAAGACUACGGAUAAACCGGGCGUUGAAAUGAAGUCAGUUUCAGUAGCAAAACCUGUCAGAUCACCAUUGCAUUUAAAUUCAUCUUCCCAAAUUGGACCAAUGCGAGGGAUCACUGGUGUUAGAGCUUCAUUGAGCAAAAUAAAUGAACAAAACUUCCCAACUCUUAAAACAAGUGCGACUCUUGCUAAUUUACCUAGUGCAUUCUUAAGACGAUCUGCCUCUGCUGCCAAAAUCUCAACUCCAGUGAAGGUGGAACCGAGUCCUAGGUCCCAGUCAUCUGGAAAAGUUAAAAUGGUACCGAACAAACAAAGUUCUGCUGGCAAGAAAUCUGUGUAUGUUACCGUAACACCCAAAAGGAUGUACGAGGUAAAAACUCCGUCCCCAAAAGUAGUCUCAUCGCCUCAAACAAGGUCUACUGGAAAAACUCCAGUUACUAAACGUCCCUUACCGAAAGAGUCUUCUGAGAAAAAGAUUCCGCUGGAAUCGGAGUCAAAGCAAUUGCAGGUUACCAAUCGAACUUCGCUCAGCAAGACUCCUAUUAGUACAAAGAAUCCAUCGCCGAGGUCAAGAUCUUCAAGUAAAACGCCCAUCAAGAUCACAACACCUAGUAGACUGGCAUCCGCUAAAAAGAGCCCUAAAACUGGAACCAUGCCUACUGAAACUAAACGUAAAUCGGUUAGUAAGUCUCCAGCUAAGCAAGUAACUCCGGUUGUGAAAACGGAAGCUACACCAAAGCUAACCCCUCAAAACAAGUUACCUGUAGAACCGUUGAAGAGUGCGACCUUCAGCAAAUCCCCGGUGAGAGUAGCGUUGACUGUGAAAGAAGAAGCGCCAAUAGCGAAGACCCCUGGAAAAGGAGAGCUGGUUGCCGUUUCUUCUGUUGAAAAGUUACCCUCAGGUAGAGCCAGAUCAACCAGUAGAACUCCCAGCAAGUCAGCAGAGGUUGUGAAAUUUUCUUCUGAAAGCAAAAUAUCAGCUCAACAAGUAGAGAAAAUUGCCGGAGUUCGGAAAUCAAGAAGUAUGAGCCCGAAGUUAGACGGAAUGAUAAAAAUGUUGAGGACACCUAAAACAGUUCAAUCCCCGAGACUUUCUGGAAUAGCGAACCUUCUCAAAACUCCGGUGGUUGCUGCCGUAGAGGAAGCUAAAAGUUCUGCACAGGAAUUAACCUCAAAGAAUUCUGCAACGAAAGCGACUCCUCCAAGAUCUAUGAAAACUAGAACUAAGCGGGGUGCACAAAUAAAGAAGCAAGAAGUCAAUGGACAUGCUCAGGAAGCAAAGGCAUCACCAAGGAAGCUUAGUAAAAGAGGAGCUACGAAAUCAGUUGAAAAAGAAGCGACACCCGCCAAAUCACUCAGAGUGGUGUCUCCCGUCAAAAGUCGAACGCGAAAAGGGCGUGCGCUGAAGGUUAUCGAACCACCGGCUGAGAAAUCCCCAGCGAAGAAAAUUUGUUUUGAAAAAACUUUGAAGAGCCCGGCUAAAGAAUCGCCCAAGCCGAUGCGAGCAACGAGAGGUAAAAAAGCAGAUGCUUCUAAAGAGCCGAUUACAACUCCAGCAAAGAUUGAGCAUGUAGCAAAAGCUAAAACUUCAGCUAAAUUGAAGGAGCCGAAAGUAACCGAGGUAGUUGAGGUACUUACAAGCUCAAAGCGCGCACGACGCGGAAGAACAGCAGAAGAACCUGUGUCAGGAUCACCGUCUAAAAGAAUACCCGUAAAGAAAGAUCCAGUGAGUUCCAAAGCACAGAAACCUAAAACUCCAACCAAAAAGAAUGCAGUUAAGAAGUCUCCUGCGAUGAAAUCCCCGCCUGUAACCGAGGUGGUGACAGCUGAAGCGCCGAUGCGGAAUACUAGGGCGAGAAGGGUAAAAGAUAGGGUUGCUUCACCUGCUAAGAACCCAGAAAAAAAGAAGACACCUCAAGGAACUAAAAAGGAAGAAUCUGCCAAAAAAUCUAAGGAAGCGAAACCUUCUGCAGCUGAGGAGGCCACGCCUAAAGCGGGUGUGGUAAAAACGCGAACAGUAAGGGUAAAGGUUCAAAGUCCGAGUCCAGCAAGGAGCCCUGUUGUAGUGUCUACUCAGGCACCCGCCAAAUUAUCCAGGAAAAAUGAGGAAUCCAAAGUUCUGGCAGUAGAAGAGCCGAAAACAGUACUUUCACCUAGGAAAACCCGGAGAGGAGUGAAAGUCAGUCCGAAGAAAGCAGCCAGUCUGAAAAACACUUCUACAGCAGCAGCAAAAUCAAAUAAAACAACGAAGAUGAAGGCCAGUCCUGUGAAAAAAACAGCAGUAGUUAUUAACAGUCCUCCUAAAACAAGGUCACUUAGAACCCGAAAAAAGUGA